UAUUGACCUACCUGUGGUAUUGAACUUCUCGUGCUGUCUCGACAAAGUCACGUGCCGAGAUUGACUACAGAAAUUGUUUAAACAUGGCGGCUCCCAUGGUCGUUGUUUACAUCGCAAAAGAAUAGCUUAAACAGCAGCUAUGGAGGAAGGUAAACACAAACCUGCACUUUACAGAUGGAAAAAACAAAACGACACACGUUUAUACUCCAGAUCACAGAAAGUGACAACAAACAAUGAUAUACAGGACUGGAUCAAGACUGUGGAGGCAGCAUCUGAUAAGGCUGCACAGAAAGUUUUUGGAUCAAAUUCAAAGUCUUCAGGAAAAUCUCUCGGAAAGGUAGCAUCAUUGAAGUCAGUGAAUCAACUCCGUGAACAUGAUGCUGCUCUUAGUGAAGCACAAGAUCUCCUCUCACAGUGGAUGGAGGAUAAAGUCCACCUACCAGAUGACGAUGAAGAUUAUUGGGAGGAAGAUACGGGUCAAAGACGAGUUGUCCAGUCAGAUGUGAAGCGUGAGUGGGAUCACCUCCUUCAGAAUAACUAUGAGGAGCAGGGUUUGGUGAAACCACAACCAACCAUCAAUGAUACCGAUCCAUAUGCCUUUCUCGCAGAACAAGAUGAGGAGAGUGCUGUUGAAUCCAUCCUACAACAUAUGCUUAGUAAGAAAUUUGUAAAUGACAAUGUUACCAACGAUUUAGGGUUUAAGGACUUAAACAAGCCAGAUCCUCGGACAAAAAUGGAGCUUAGACACAAGCAGGUGAAAGAGAAUAGAGAGAAACGCCAGCAAGAAUUGGAAAGAAAGAAAAGGGAACACCAAGCAAAAAAGGAUGCACAUCACAAAGCUAAGCAGAUUGUUCUUCAGGAGGAGAAAGACAAACUUUCAAAAGCUAAGAAGGAGGAAAUGGAGAUUCGAAAAGAAAUGGCUCGGAUACGCAAGGACAUGCAGGAGGAACGCCGCCAGCUAGAAGAACAAAGGACUAGACAGAAAAAGAGUCAGGAAGAAACGUAUAACAAAGCUACUGCCUUAGUAGACAAGGAGGAAGCCAAAUCCAAUCAGGAGAGAGAGGAACUAGAGCGUGCAGAGGAACAGAGACGUAGAAAGAUUAUGUUAAAACUUGGACAAAUACAGACGAGACAGGAGGCUGCGAACCUAAAGUGUCUUCAGCGCCAUUUUUCUGCCUGGUACAACAUUGUACUUCAGCGUCGUCUACAGAUUGGACGAGCUAAAGCCAUCCAUGACUGGAAACUCCUCCUACAAGCCUGGAAUGCGUGGAAGGCAUACAUACGCUCACGACGAAUCGAUAGAGAGACUAAACAACAUGAAAUCUCUGUGAUACAAACUCACAGGAAGACACAAGCAGCUGAGACACAUUACAGGGUAUGGUUACUAAGGAAGUACUUUGUUGCGUGGCAACUGUGGAUUAAAGUAGAACAGGAGAGAAAAGGAAUGGAACAAGCUCAAGAAAAAACACGCAACAAAAUGGCUGCUUUACUAGAAGCAGCUGCCAAGGGGAAGCUUUUAGAGGGCGGUGAUACUGAUCGGCCGGACAAAGGUCAAAACAAAGUCGUCAAGGCUACUAACCUGGCAGUGGAUGCCUUGUUUGAGAACAAUCAGCGACGACCUUUGACUUCAAGAAGUGAUGUAUCAACAGAUGUUGGUCAUGAUUCUGCCAAAAAACCGCUGGAGCGAAACAGAAUACCUACAGAGGCGUGGCAGGUUACCAAGCGACAUCUUCAGCUGACCACUGAUGAAAUUGCUGGACUUGGGGGCGGAGAUAACCAGGGGGAGCAUCACUCAGACCAAAAAAUACGCAACAGAUUUGGGACCCAGCCAUGGAUGAACAGAAAAUAUAUGCCAAAUAGCUUUGAGAAUCGUCACAAUGCACAACAACGGAUUCUGGAGGAGCAGCAACGACAGCUCAAGGAGCAGCAACGUCUGAUAGAGGAACUACAGUUUAAUCAAAAACAACAAGUGCUGGAACAACAGGGUAGUACACAGCGACAACUGGCAGAAAGAAUAACAUCUGGAAAGACAACACUUCUUACUGACAAUAGUAAAACAACAGUAAAGAAAUCACAGCAGCAACACAAUGAUCAAAUAAACAAUAAGCAAAUCAACAACGGAAAACAUGACAAUAACGAGGGACGUUUUGACAGCAGUGCUCUUGAUCCUAUGACAGAAAGGUCAGAGGUCACAGAACAAUCAGAGGUUACAGCAAGGUCAGAGGCCACAUCUGCAGUUAGUUCUACAACCAACAAGAAUAACACUAAAUACCUGACUGUUUUGAAAAAUAUGGAAGCUCGAGCAGCAGAACGAGGCCGUCUCAAGGCAGAAAGGGAAGAAAAACGCAGACUAGCUGAGGAGGAAAAUUUGAAACGCCUAAAGGCCGAGGAGGAAUUGUUGUUACAAAAAGAUGCUGAAGAGAAGAGGGCUCGCAUUGCUGCACAUCGAGAGAAGAAACGACUAGAAAAAGAGAAAGAAAUACAGAAACAGCUUAAUGAACAACGCAUGAAAGAACUUACAAGUAAAGCUAACAGUCACUACUUACGGGCCACUCUCAAGUUUCGUUGCUUGGGGCCAUUCCAGAAGCUGGUGGAGAUGGCAAGGAGGAACGAGGUCAAGGCUGUACGCCAUCACAACAACAAUCUGAAAAGACAAGCAUUCCUGAACUGGCGUUCCAAUGUCAAGGCCAUCAUAUCUGAAAAGGAGGCUAUGGCAGACCAGAUGUAUAAAUACUUUCUCAUCCGUCACUUCUUCUCUAACUGGAGAAAUUUUAAACACCACACAACUAUUAUGGAGGGACGUGCACGGCGUAUCCAUGAGCGUAACACCAAGUGUAAGGUUUUUCAGGCAUGGCAUGAGUACACACAUGUGGAGAGAGAGAGGGCUGUGGUACACAACCAAUUGGCUACGGAUCACUAUAGACAGUCUCUGCUGAGAAAAGUAUUCCAGACAAUAAAGGAUUAUCCAUCAACACGCAAGAAAGAGAUCGAACGAGAGAAAAGACGAGCUGAGAUGAGACAAAAGGUCGCAGCAAUGAUACCUGAUUACGAGGCCAAAGAGAUGAGGAAAAGUUCAGCAGAUUUCUCCUGAUUAAGUCUAAAGAAAUUUUAGCAAAUUUUCUGGUUAUGUCUACAAAACAAAAAUAGUGUACUAUAGGCUUUUGAUGCAGAUAUAAUUCCACAGGUUUCUUUAGACUUCAGAGCUAGGAAAUAAUCAAAUUGUCUGAUAUCAGUGGAAACGUAUUACUCUGGAUAAACAGAUAGUAGUUGUUUAAAUACCCUCACCAUAAAUAGUUCUAAAUAUUUAUCUUAAUGAAAUCUUAAAAACGUGUAUCCACCAAGUUAAAGGAUGUAUCCACCAGGUUAAAGGAUGUAUCCCACAGGUUAAAGGAUGUAUCCACCAGGUUAAAGGAUGUAUCCACCAGGUUAGAGGGUGUAUCCACCAGGUUAAAGGAUGUAUCCACCAGGUUAGAGGGUGUAUCCACCAGGUUAAAGGAUGUAUCCACCAAGUUAAGGAUGUAUCCACCAGGUUAAAGGAUGUAUUCACCAAGUUAAGGAUGUAUCAACCAGGUUACAGGAUGUA